CAGUGUGAUGGGUGCUUGGGCUGGGGCUGGCUGUGGCUGACGGGGCUUGUGGCUGGGUUGCAGGUAAGGCAGGCUUUUAGGGUGUUCUUACUUCAGGCAUUAAUCUACCCAUAACAUGUGAAAUCUUCUACCAUUUACUCUUGGUCUUCAACACCAAAACAGCCAAACCAUCGCUCUGCUUCUUUGUUUGAUUUCUGUGCAUCCUUUUCCACUUUGGAGGUGUGUCUGACAGAAUGGUUAACACCUUGAACUCCGGAUCUGGAGGUCCAGGAUUCAAUCCUUUUUGAAUGGUUUCAAUCCGUUUCGAAUGGUUUCCUUUGAGAAGGACCUUUACACCACUUUGCCUCUCUUCACCCAGGUGUAUUUAACAAUAUUAUUCCUCGAGCCCGAAUAGGCUGUAAGUCAAUAGCCCAUGAGGCCAAAGGCCGAAUGGGCUAUUGACUCAGAGGCCAUGAGGGCGAGAGGAAUAAUUGUUUUAGUAAAAUCCGACUAGUUGGUCAAAACUAUCAAGACAAAAUAACUUUAGCUAGCAUUACGCGAUUCAGUCACCAUCGUUUUGGUUUUCAAAGCCAGCGCUUUCCGCUAGUAGUGGGCUAUAACAUAUAGCCUAGUAGAAGCUCAACCAAUCAGAAUGCAGCAUUGAUCAUAGACCACUAGUUGGAUAUUACUAAAAAUGGAUACCCGCAAAAUACUGCUCGGGGGUAACCCUCCGAUGGACUAGCAUCCCAUCUAGGGGGGAGCAGGGAAUGGCAAGACUCCUAUAGUCAUCCUUCAUGGUAAGGAAGCGGGGAUAAGCUCCAGCCUUUUUGGGCCUUUGGCUUGCAUGCACCUGUAAUCUUUUUUUUACCUUUUCCAGUCUGAGACUUUACUUUUGACAUCAGCCUUUCAAUUUUGGCAAAUAACCAGCAGGCUCAGGAAAGAAAUACCGGGGCAGCCAUGGAAUUUAAGCCAAUCAGUCAGGGAUGGAGAAAUAUUUUAAAUGUACACACUGUAGCUAUAAUUGAAUUACAGCAGAAGUUUUCUUCACAAAAUGUGUUUGUCUUGAACAGGAAAGUAGAGCUGUACAGUAUGGAGUGGCAAGAUGCUGUGGAUCUAUCCUGGUUUAUUGUGAGUGCAGCACCUUUUGGUGGUCCAAUAGGUAAGUACAUCAGACUUCUUCUAAGUGUCGUUUAACUUGUACAGGGAGUACAAGUUUCAUUUCCCUCAUUAUUGUAGGGUAAAUAGGACUCACCAUGGUAAACGUUUCAGAGCCAGAAUCAAAGAAAUGCUCUUAACAUCACUGUAAGUUCCGGCGUUAAUUUGUAAGUUACAGUACCGUUCAAAAGUAAGUUGACAGUCCAUUGCGAGUCUCGAUUCUCGACUCAAUUCACGAUUCUCGAUUCCUGCGCGAAUUGAGAAUCGAGAAUCGAAAACAAGCUAUCGAGAAUCGAGUCGAGAAUCGAGUCUCACAGGACAGAAAACAAAAGAUUCACCCAUGACUGAUUUCUCUAAGUUUACAAUUUUGCGGUAUGGUUACAUUCCCACAAGCGACUGUAUGCGUGAAACAAGACCAAUUCAAAAAAUUUUAUAAAGCGAAUGUUUCUUCAAGGGCAUCUGUAUCAAGCUUCAUUUCCUCAACUAAAGUUUCAAAUACCUGCUCCAAAUGCAAAGAAACAGCACGUUUAUUUUGUAAUGUCAAACGAUUCUGGGCUUAAUCAGCCGCUUGGCUUGAUAAAGAUCAGCUGUAACAUACACGUCCGUCCAUAACAUGACUGAUUUUUUGCUCUGAAAUUGUGUUCAUGAUCCUUGAAAACUUUCGAGAAACAAUGGUUUUGAUUCUACUUUUAAUUUAGCGCUUUCUUAGUUUGAGGUAAUCGCUCGUAAAAUUGGGCCUGCUUUUUUCCGUGAUGGAACAGGAUACGAGUGAACUUUUUCGUUGCCUAGCAGGUGACUGCAGCUACCGUGAUGAAAAAUUGCGCAAGUGGUUUGUAUUAUACGCUACUAAAAAUUGUUUUCAAAGCUCUUGGAGGUUUCUGAAGUUUUCUGGCAUGUAUAUUCAAAUCGAAACUUUCAUGUACGCAAUAACGUCCCAUAAAAAGCAAAGGGCAAAAUAUCAAACUGAGAUGCUUUCACGUGCACGUAUCACAAAAACAGCAAUUCUGGUCAAGAGGUCAAGUUACAAGCAGAAUUAAUUACAAGUAAAGUUUCCAGCAAAAAAAACACGCUAACUUUGGACACCGAUGAGCAGACAUUCAACCGCGAUAAUGCUGAUGGGCAUUCACAAACAGGCAAUCGAAAAAAAAAUUAGUAAGUAGAAUUCGAAAGACAAGCUGAAGACCAAAAGCAACAAGACUUUGUUUACAUACCAUCGCGUAUUAAACAUUUAUUUACACAAGCUUCCUUUUAUUUUGGAUUUUAAAAACAAAAGGUCAUGGAUUGCUUUUCAAGUUUAACUAGUGAACUGGCAACUUUUGCUAUUUGAAUGAUGCAAAAUGCCGUUCAAACAAUUUAAAGGUUUCAACACAAAGUAGCACACAAGCCGUGCGAACGAAUGCAAAUUUCCUGAAGAGUUCUCCCCGAGACAGCUGUCAACUGCUAUUUGCAUAGUUCAGGAAUUUCUCACAAGAAUCAAACGCUGAGUAGCGUUUGUUAUUUUAUAGAGUACAAAGACUUUUCUGACGUGAGAGAAAUUAGAAGAUUACUCAAAACUUGAACAAAGGUUGUUACUUGUAGACUCUCACAGCAGUCGGGUAUCAAGAGUAGAGAGCAAGUUACUUGAAACUAAACAAAGGCCGUUCCAGUUUGAUGGGUCUUGCGGGAAUGAAGAAUCGAGAAUUGAGACGCAACAAUUGAGAAUCAAGUCUCGAUUCUCAACUUGAAUCUCUAUUCUCAAUUCUCGCAAGGAUCGAGAAUCAAGUGUCAACUUACUUUUGAACGGUACUGUAUGUCUAUAUCAGCAAGAGUCCAUUAUACUGUACCAGAAUUUUGUUUCAGUCAACUGUCUUUACAUGUCAAGGGAUUUGGCUGAAAAAGUUUAAAGGAAGAAAACAACUCUGAAGAACAUCCUGCUUCUAAUUAUUUUAGAACAGCUAGUGCAUAAAACAUGCAAUUGAUAAAAGCAGUCCAGCUGUGUUGUAUGUAGAUGCUUAACUGUCAGUAAUAGUUAAAAAAAUAUAUAAUUGAAGGGCUCCAUGCUAAAUUGCCUAAUGCCCCUGUGGUGUAUUUUUGGGAUGAUUGGGAUUUAAGCACCGCGGUAGGUUUAAUCGCUAAUGUACACCAUUGGUAACUCAUGUACUCUUCUACAUACAUGGGGGAUCAUGUAGCAGCUUCUCAGAAUAGAAGUCACCAAUGGUGCCUAACCCGACCCCAAACAAUACUGAAACAAUUGAAAGAAUGAAGUCAUUGUUUUCUGCAACCAAUAAGAAGAGACCUUACAAGCAGCUCCUACACAACUGUACAUGGGGGUGAGGACGGUACACCUAAAUAUUUACAUGUCCUGCAGCUCCCCACAUUGAGAUUUCCUUUUUGGAGGAAUGGUUUUUAUUUGUUGUAUUUAAAAUUUUCAGUUCUGAUAAGAGAAGACAAGCAUUUUGCUCGAGUCCAAGGAUCAGCUAUUAAUAAACCCAUCAUUCACAUUUUUUCCGCUGCUGGAAAAGAACUUGCCACAGUUAAGGUAUGUGUCUUUUUUUAAGGUCUACUGCUACUUGUUGUUUAACCUGGGAACACAGACAAAGAGGAGUGUCGAUCAGGCCGAGCAGGCUACUUGUUGUUUAACAUUAACAAAUUUUGUGAAUAUUGUUCUUGGCUAGAAGACUAACUGUCAUUAUUUUCUGUUAUUGCAUUGGAAAAGGGCGGGAACUUGUAUUAUCAUAUGGUUGGUUCUGUGAGCAGGAAAGAUGAAGUAAUAUUCUGACUAGUUACUGAAGCAGGCAGAAUGGAUCUAUCUUAGUCCAUCACUAGUCUGCUUCACAGCCGUUUUUAGUGUUGUCACACAAUGCUCCUACCCACCUCCCUUGUGGGGAGGAGCGUUGUGUGACAACGCUAAAAGCAGCAGUGAAGAAUACUAGUCCAUCACUGCAUGGGAACAAGAACAAAAGCAAAAAUGUUCUGCUUCUGUAAGCUAUUGAUCAAGUGUUCUUUUUUAUUCUUAGUGGGAUGGAGGCCCCAUAGUUCAGAUGGGAUGGUCCGUCACAGAGGACCUACUUUGCGUGGCUGAUGAUGGUACGGUGAUGGUGUAUGACAUUCAUGGCGCAAUCAAGAAAACCUUGUCAAUGGGACAGGUGAGUGUUAAAUCAUUUUGUGUCAUGAAAAGGCUGAAAAAGAAGACAUGAUGCAUGUAUGUUUGUAAAGCACCACAGCUUGACAACUUCUAGUCAACUUGAAGCUCAUCUUAGCCCAUUGAUGCCAUAUCUUAUGUCAGUAAAUUCUUUAACCACUCCAAGUAAAUAAAUUUUCUGACAAAUUAAAUAAUCAUUAAUUUUUCCAUAACUAUGAGCAAAAUGAAUGUAAUUUAUAAUAUAUUAUCAUCAAAAACAUAAGUCAUAGACUGUUUGCUACUUUAUUAAAAGGGUUGUACAAAAAUAGAGUAUACUCAUACAUAUACUUUUUGUAGCAAAGGCAUAGCCAUUGAAUAAUAUUACCCAUAUGUCGUGUAUGUUUCAGGUCAAAAUUUCAAUUCAGGUUAAAAGCUUGAAACCUUGGUUGAUUCUCCAUCUCCUUUGUCCCCUAGUCCUAAUUCAUUCAUGAAUUAACUCUAUGAGGCAAAGGAAAUUAAGAAUCAACCUGGAUAUGAUUUUAACCCAUAACAGACAUUGUAUUUAUGUCGUUUUUUGCAUGUGGCCUUAUCAAAUACACAGCAACUUCAUAGAUCUGGUGCUUUUAAGUUGGGUGCAGGAGACGAAACUCGUAAUUUUUAUCUGUAUUAUUUUGUAGGAUGCCAAGGAAUCCAAAGUUAUUGACUGCAAAACCUAUAAUUUUGCUGGAAGGACUGGCAUAGCUAUCCUGACUAGUAAUUACCACUUUUAUGUCGCAAACAACGUGGAAGAGGUCAGGAGUCGACGGUAUUAUGACCCACCCGGUAAAAAAAAUAAUCAUAAAGUUCAGUGUUUCAGAGAGAUUAAUAAUGUUUUAUUUUGAAGUUACAUGUUCAUCUCACGUGCUUUUGUGAUCCAUAGAACUCAAUAUCUGCUUGUGCCUCACUUUCCUUUUGUGAUAACUUUGAAUUUGAUGAGAGUUAAAGUGUUGUUCAACAGGCAAUAAAGAAAUCUUGUCACGCAUUAUUCCUUGUAGCAUUUGACUGACUUCAAGUGGGCUUGAAUUCUAACUUUUUUUUUUGCGGCGUGAAUAUUUUUCAGGCUUUCUUCUCUUAAAUAUUUUCAAUGAUCUGUCUUAGUUAAAUGUGUAUUUUGCCACAUUUUUCACAAGGAAAACAAUAACUGCUCUCGAUCCCAACUCGUUAAAAUUCUGUCACCUAACUACCUGAGGGCUGUCCUUAUCUGAGAAAACUAGAAAGUCAAAUCGUUUGCAGAUGUCUUUGGAAAGGCAGCACUUUCUGCCUAGCAUUAAAAGACCCCUGCCUAAGUGUUGAUCCGGCCGGUGUGUUGAACCAGCGACCUCUCGCUCAGCAGACCGGCGCUUAUCCAGCUGAGCUAACCGGACGGCAAAAAAUGACCAGUUAUGAAUCUUAAGAAACAGGGCCAGUUAUUUAAACGUAGUUUAGCCAGUGUUUAACAAAACCGCGUUCUGAGCCAUUUUUCAAUUUGCCUAACGGUUUUAUCUAAACACCGUUUAUUGUGAAGUGUUUUAUGAAAGCAUUUAGAGUAGAUUAGAAAAGCAUUUAACGCACUAAGGAAGAGAUCUGGAGGUCCAAAGAUUCGUAAACCGCGGCUUAAAUUAAACUUCGUUUAAAUAACUGACCCGUAAUUUUUUUAACCAGGUUUGGAUGCUCCACCCAGCAGCUGGGUCAUUAUGCCGCAUGACAGAGGUUCAUCGUUGCUGGUGGCAAUUGAUAAUCUGUUGUACCUUACAGAAAAGGGACAGUGUAAUAGACUGGUGAGCUGUAGUAUACAGUAGAACUGUUAUCGUCAGUGAUACAACCACUUAUAAUCCAAUUAUUGUUUUUUCUUCAUCCAUGAAAAAUAUCGCCAAGCUCGAGACGUGCUUGCUUUUUCACUAAGUUCCCAUCUUUAAAACGUCUGCCUUUUCGUCGGCAGUUUUAGGAUUUUAAGAAACGUGUAUCUAGCAGAUAUUCGCACACCGAUUGCAACUCAGCAACGGUGGUGAAAACGUCUCUUAAAAAGAGAAUUCGCGUUGUUUGAAACUUCAUUGCGAUGAAUCCAACACGCAUAAUUUGUCAAAUGCAGGCGAGUCCUGGACUUGUCUAGGACGGAGUUAAUUUCUUAGGGACUGUUUACAUGGAGAUGGGGGACCACAGAUAGGUGAGGUAACAUGCGCUAGGUCACCCCACCUAUCAUGUAAACGUGAUCAAAUUGAAGUGAGAGAUUACAAUUAUGGACAGGGAGGUUACCCCACCUAAGCGGAAAAGAGAAAAAUUGAUAAUCGUGUUCACGUUUUCCAUAAAACGUGAAAUUAUUUCGUUGUUCACGUGGAACUUUGAACGGCUAUGCCUCUGAAUUUUCGUACGGUUAAGGUGAUGUUAUACUCAGGGGCACCCAAUGGCAAUUUUCGGGAAAAUAUCUGUUCGGAAGACGAUUUGAGAUCUAGAAUUUUCGGAGCAUUUGUUGUAAAAUUUCUUGCUUGCUUGCCUCUCCUAGGGUUUUCGAACAUCUACAAAAUGGUAUAAUUAACCAUUUUUAACGGAUUUUGACCAUAAGAAAGGCCACCUAGAAUUUUCGGGAGCCUUUUCUUGGCUGAAGCUUUCGAGAAGGUAAGUUUUUAUCCCUAUAAUUUUCGGAUCACUAGACUUUCAGCUAGUAAAUCCGAAUAGAUGAAAAGUUUUUAGGGGAUAAAAAUAUGCCUAUAUCUAGGGUUGCAAUGUUGGAACAAUGUUGCAACCAUUCGAAACAAUAUCGCAACAAUGUUGCAACGCCGUGUUACGGCUUGCACUAAAAAUGGUUGUUGCGAGUCGUCUCGUGUAAUAUCACCUUUAAGGCUGUUUCGAGUGAACGUUCGAAUUCAAGUUCAGCCGGUCGAAAAUUCGCCCUGUUGCCUUUUUGACUUUCUCUUUGCUGUCGCUGUCUGGACAUCGUAAACUUCCUCUUGAGUGCCAAGUGUAUGAAAGGUUGCUACUUUUUACCAAUCCUGAAUCAGCCACAGGGCGUAGCAAAGCAGUGGGUGCGGGGUGAAGGAAGGAAUGGAGGGGAAAAAAUAGAGAAGUGUGUUGAGAUGUCGCAAUGAGAAUAUUACAUCUCUGGCUUUAUCACUGUCACAACUUUAAAUAUGAAAUAGCGAGGUCUCUAUUGUUUAUAAUGUUGACAAAUUUUUCCCCGAAGUCACACUAGUGAGUAUGCUCGCCGGCUACUGUUGUUGUUGAAUAGUUUUGAUAUUAUUCAAUUUUCAGACUGUUUCAUUCAGCGCUGGGGUCCCGGUCACUUCCAUCAUAGAAAUGGCCAUAUCUUACAAUUAUGAAUACCUAGCAAUGUUUACAGACACUGGUUUGUUAUGGAUAGGAUCAGCAGAUUUACAGGUGGGUAUAACACUGUCACAUUUGUUCAGCCCGCAAAUUUAGCUAUCAGAGGACGAGUUCCAGUAGCUAGCGUCGAGUUGACUCGGAUUCUUACAAAAUGAGAAUGAGUGGCGGUCUAAUUCAACUGGCAGUACUAGCUUUGAUUCUAUACCCAGGUUUGAAGAAGGCGAGUAAAAAGGCUUUUGUAUAUACUACUCGAAUUUGAGGUAUCUUUUCUUGUAACAAAUGAAGACCCGUAUCUGCCUUAGUUCUACAUGGUGGGAUAUCAUCAUUAAUUUAGUCUAGCCACUUCUUCCUCGGAAAUCUUGCAGAAACAAUUUCAUGUCAUCGCAAAGUUGAUUUUAAUUGUGUUCAUUUAACUUGCUGACAUCUCCGCAAAACGAGUAAGCUUAGCAACCCGGACCGCUAGGCCAGGCCCCUAAGAGCUCAACUUAUUAAGUACGCCUGUAUUUCGCAGUUCUUUGAAUUUUGCAGUUAUUGUUGUAUUUCUGUCUUCUUUAGAAAGUCUACUGUGAGUUCAACACUUCUUGUCCAUCAAGACCCAAGCAACUAACCUGGUAAGGAGGGAGCAAUUGUUGUUUCUAGAAUGAAGGCUCUCGUCUUUUAUGACAAAUUCUCGCCCGGUUGGCCGGGCCAUUAUUUUGAAUUCAAACUAAGACCCAUCGGUGUUUUUCUUUCUUCCGCCACCCAUCUAACGAUGUGUCGCCGCAACGUGUUGCUGCAACUAAUCUCCUGACCUGUACACAGGGAGUAAUCUGUCGCCGACACGUGUUGCUGCAACUUGUCUCCUUGGGUGUUCCGAACUUUACUUAUUUCAACUUACCUUACAGGUGUGCAAUGGACGCCGUCAUAUGUUACAGGGAUGAUUAUUUGGAUGUCGUUGGACCGACAAUGGACACUAUUAGAUAUCCUUUGAUCAACAAGAUCAUUCUUCAUAUCCGACUAGCUUUCCAACUAUUUGCGGGGCAAGCUAUCUUACUGCUAGAGCAUACUAAAAUUAAACAUUGUUCUUCUUGUUGUUGCAAAUGUUGGCUUGGCCAAGUUGGUAAUUCUGUUGUCAUGCUGCAAUUAUAUAUUGAUCGUGUUACUAAAAACACCCUUGAUUUGAACUGACAAUUGUUACUAGUGUAGAUAUGAGUAGUUUUUUUUAUUGAGCACGCUAUUGCCAUAUAUUUAACAAUUAUUGCACGAGUGCGCGUUGGAUAUGAGUGGAAUAAUUGUUUAUUAAAAACGCCCACAAAAUAUCGAGAAUUCUUCCCGACUUUAUUUGUAAGAACAACCGAUUUUCAAAUUUUGGUAUGUGGCUCAUAUACUAUGAUGGCUAAGCCAAUCAGAGUUCUUUAACUGCAUUACCCAAUGGUUCAGUUUUAAUAAAUAUGCAUAUGCUACGGAUAGCACACUUUCUUAACAUAUUUCACAUAUCAGAUGGACAGUGUUGUACAUUUAGUUCAAGAGUUAGAUGGCGUAAGAAUCAUUGGUAAUGAGACUCAUGAACUGCUUCAGCGAGUUCCAGGUUGGUAA